CCUCGGGGAUAGAGUAAACGAGUUUGUAGACGAUAGAGAAAACACUGCAUCUGCGUUUCACUUCUGCCCGAUGUUAAUCUCCCCUGCAGGUGACCAAAUAUGCUAAGUCUCACAGGCGGCUCUACACCAUCCAUUGCCGCGAAAUGCACAAUCCAAAGAGGCUUCAGGGUCCGGUCCGUUGCUGGGUUCCCUUCUUUCCUUCCCAAAGAGGUCGAGAAGAUCAGAGACCCUUUCGCUCGAAAGCUGGCUGCACGAAUCGAAAGGCUGCCUGUGAGUUUUGGAGAAAAUUGUGUGAUGAGUAGUUGUGUGAAGCCAUUGGUACAGAGCAACGCAAGUCCAGUGGUUCUUCUCCAUGGUUUUGACAGCUCCUGUUUAGAAUGGAGAUACACUUAUCCAUUGCUUGAGGAAGCUGGCUUGGAGACUUGGGCUGUUGACAUUCUUGGCUGGGGUUUCUCUGAUUUGGAAAGACUUCCCUCCUGCAAUGUGGCCUCUAAGCGUGACCAUUUUUUCCAGCUUUGGAAAUCCUACGUCAAAAAGCCAAUGAUAUUGGUUGGACCAAGCCUUGGGGCUGCUGUUGCAAUUGACUUUGCAGUCAGCCAUCCAGAAGCUGUCGAAAGGCUGGUUUUGAUUGAUGCAAGUGUGUAUACAGAAGGCACUGGAGAUCUAGCAAGCAUGCCUAAAAUGUUAGCCUAUGCUGGAGUAUCUUUAUUGAAGAGUCCCCCACUGCGCUUCUAUGUAAACUUUUUGGGCUUCAGUGGCAUAUCACUCGGUACCAAUUUAGAUUGGACUAAUGUGGGCCGCUUGCAUUGUCUGUUUCCUUGGUGGGAGGAUGCAACUGUGGAUUUCAUGAUGAGUGGGGGUUAUAAUGUUAGUGCCCAGAUAGAACAGGUAAAACAGAAGACUCUUAUCAUAUGGGGUGAGGAUGACCAGAUUAUUAGCAGCAAGCUUGGAGUGAGAUUGCACUGUGAACUGCCAAAUGCAGUUAUACGACAAAUACCAGAUUGCGGACACCUUCCUCAUGUGGAAAAACCAAGCUCUGUUGCUAAAAUGAUUGUGGAAUUGGUUCAACAAGAUCAGUACAAAGAGGAAUAGGUAUUCGAGCUCGGAUUCAUAGUGGGGAGCACGUUCGCUUUAGCCAACUUGGCUAAUCCUGCUUUUUCUCAUCUUUGAAAGUUGUUACUUUUGUGUUGCAAUAAUUGCAUAGUUGAAUAUUAAUGGCCAAAAACUAGGGAAGAUUGGCAAAGUGGUGAGUAUAGUUUUUUAUUGGAUGCAAUAGCAUAAUGGAUUUUAGCGUCAGAGUCUAUUUAUUAUUUAUAAAUAAAUUUUGUCAUGCUCCGAAGUUUCAGAGCACCACCAACUUCCUUUUCCAAAUUCAUGAUAACCGCUUCUUCACCCC